AUGGACACUGGCGCUACGCAGGGCAUGUCGGCUCUGCGGAUGGGCGCGGACGAGGACUCGGAGGCGGGGCACUUGGAGGCCAUCGAGGUGGACGACGACAACAUCGCGAGGACGGGAGCCUCUGCUGCUGCUGCUGGGCCCUCCUCGGCUCCUGGUCAUCUCGCGCCUGGGCUCACAGUCUCUCUUCGGGACGAGCUCAUGGUGGACUUCGUCGAGGAAGAGGUCAUGGUGCACCUCCCCUGGGUCGCUGCGGCGAACGCGGGGCAGGCCGCCACCGGUAGCCCAGCGGUCUUCUACCCGACAUGUUGGGCGGACCUCCAGGGCAUUUUGCAGAAGUUGGGUUACGGAGUGACCGCCGAGGAGGCCUGGCAUCUCCUGGGCCUGGCGAUGCUCGAUGGUCCGGACCCGUCGGAGCUCAUGAUUGCCAACAGGCGCCGCACGGCCGAGCAGCUCUGCGAGCUCGCUGUGGCCCCUCCAUGGGCGGAUGGGGAUCUCGCCCUCGCGCGGGGGUUCGCUGCCAAGGUCAACGAUGCGGCGGCGACUUGCGUGUCUGCGCUGCCCGUGGCUCUGGCCCAGCGCCGGCGUCUCAAGGUGCCACGGCUCCCCCUCCACAAAGAGCUGGGUGCAGUCGCACUGAGUCUUCUUUCGAACAAUCUGCCGGGGGGGACUUGCAUGGCCACUGAAUGGUCUGGGAUAUUGGGAGCUGAGCUCCAGACGGCCUCGGACAUUGCCGCCGCGCGACGGUUGGCGGGCUGGGCGGAGAAGGGGGAUGAGAGCUUCUGGGCGCAGGUCACUGGGAGGCAGGUGGCACUAUGGGCCCCCACGGACCAGAAUGCGCUCACCAGGUUCCUCUCCCAGUUCAUGCGUCGCACGGCCGCGGCAGAGCGCCCGGCGGCCCUCUACCUCCUCGCCCCCGUGCCGCUGCAGGCAGGCAUGGGGACACUGGAGACAGUUCUGGACCUCUGGCACUCCCCGCUCUUGUCAGGGAAGUGGGCCCCCAUCGUGCGGGCAUACACGCUGACCUUGACACCCAUGGAGAUGCUGCUUCCGGGCGGUGGGUUCCCGCGUCACGUGUACCAAGGCCUCGCGGUCUUCCAUCUUGGCCACACGGAGCCGCGGGGGCUCCCGCGCUUGCUGGAGCCGCACGCCGCCAUCUGCACCGUGGAGGCGCCCAGGGUGAUGGUGUUGGACCUCCGGGCAGACGAAUACAACCGGACCAUGAACCUUCUCACGAACAGCGUCUUGCAGGGCGUCCUCAGCCGCGCACCGCGGCGCAGCCCAUUGAGCACUACAGCGAUUCCUCGCCUCUGCUUGGACUGGAUAUUGCCUCCAACAGUCCAGGACAUGGACAUACUUCUCGUUCUCCGGCAUGGCCGUGGGGAGUCAUUAGCUUCAGACACCUUUUACGGCCUCCGCUCCAUGGUCGGACACGGGGAGGCGCUGCUCCUGGAGUUCUCCUCCAAGCUCGCGGUGCCGCACUACUGGCCGCUUUGUUCCCAGCUGGUCGCCAUCUCGCCCAGCAGGGUCGUCGUGUACACGGAGGCGGAGCCGGAGACAUGGACUGGCAAGAUGGACUAUGUCAUGCACAACGACGUGGAGGAGACAUCUGUCCGGCUACGCUGGCGGGCGUCCAAGCAUGGAGGCAGGGUGGUCGCGGCGCCGUCUGCCACCUCCCGCGGGCUGGCGGCUUCGCGGCGACGCGGCACAGCACCUCUCUCCCUCCACGACUUCCAGACCGACGUCGUCAUCCAGGGGGAGGUGGGGAAGGAGGACGGCCGGCUGCGGGUGCUCCUCUCGUCGAUUGACGACGUCCGCAAGCGUCACAAUGCCCUCCACGGUCAAACCGUGAAGGUGGGGCUCGACAGGAUCGGGGUGAUGGUCUGUAACGACUUGUUGGAGAGCCGCGGAGUGCCGGGAAACGGGCAGCGGAGCCGGGUCGCGUGGUUUCUCCGCGCUGUGCCUACAGCGUCGAGCAGCCAGCUCCGCCACGAGAUGGAGGCCAUGCUGGACACGCCAGGGCAGUUUCAGGGUGAGUUCAGCGCGGCCACUUGGAACGCCCAGGCCUUCUUCUGCUCCGAUGAGGGCCGAUUCCGCGCCAAGGUUGCCUACGCGAGCCGGCUGCUGGAGCGGGCAUACAUCUUGAUGAUCACGGAGGCGCACGGCACGGACGGAGCGUUGGACAUCGUAGUCACGUAUUUCCACACAGGCAGCACUGUCACCGAGCUGGACAAAGUUGGGGUGCACCCCAACUUUAUGGAGUACUGCUCGACUUUCCCGCGCCUCCGGGAGCACAUGCGGACGCGACUGGCCAGGGCCAUCCAACCUCAGCAUAGGGUGCUCACGCUCCUGGGCGGGGACUUCAACUGGGCGGCUCUUAAGACAGACCGCCGGUGCGUGGCCACGCUGCAGCCUACGGGCGGCCGCGACGACGGGGAGGAGAGGAACUUCCAGCUUUCAAUCGGUCAGCGGCGCGGGCUCGAGGAGCUCUUCCAGCCGGAGAUGACGCACGUGUGUGCCACGGCCUCCUCGCGGCUUGAUCGCCUGUAUCUCAAUCACCACGCCUCGGAACAGAUCGACCGUGAGUUACAAGUGGUGGCUUUGGAAUGGAGGCACGACUUAUCGGCGCAUCGGGCCGUCCUGGCGGCCCGGCGCAUCCCAGUCAGACUUGAUGCGGCGAGGCGGCCUGUUGCCAGGGCGGUGUACAUGCAUCCCGAUUUCCCUCGCCGCUGCGCUUUAGCCUUCCAGGAGCUGCUCGUCGCUCACCCAGGAGCAUCCAGGUUGGAGCAGCUGCCCCUCCUGAAGGAAGCAAUGCGGGGGGUGGCCGAAAACUUCGGCGCCCCCACUGUGGGCCUCCCAUUGGCGGAGAAGGCUGAGGACAAGCUCGGGGUGGUCAUGAGAUUCAUCCGGGCGUCGGAGCUGGGUUUCCUCGCGGACAUCUCGCACUGCCUGCUGCGGUACCCUCACAUAUCCUCCUUUGUGGCGAACCCCUACGACCUCCAGGGCAACUUGACGACCUCCCUCCGUGCUCUCCGUGACCAUGCAGUGGAACUCGCCCGGGAGGCCGCAUUGGGUCUGCUCCUGGAGGCUCAGGACGACGCUGCGGAGGGAGACGCGCUCCAGGUGAAGCGGAAGAGGCAGCGAGGCACGCGCUUGCUGUACAAGUUGGCGCCCGGUCGCAGCUCUGGCAUUGGGGCCGUCGUCGACGAGCGCGGCAACGUUGUGACAGGGGCGGCCGAGAUGGCGAGCGUGCUUCGGCGGCAUUGGGCAGAGAUUUUCCGGGAACGCGGCGUUCGGCAGGGGGUGGCCUAG